AUGUGUGGAAUCUUUGGCUACAUCAACUACCUGGUCGAGCGGGACCGCCAGUUCAUUAUUGACACCCUGCUCAAUGGUCUGUCGAGACUGGAGUACCGAGGCUACGACUCGGCCGGUAUGGCCGUCGAUGGCGACAAGAAGAAUGAAGUCUGCGCAUUCAAGGAGGUUGGCAAGGUCGCCAAGCUGAGAGAACUCAUCGCCGAGAGCAAGCCCAACAUGACCAAGAGCUUCGAGUCCCACGCCGGUAUCUCUCACACUCGUUGGGCCACCCACGGCACACCCUCCCGCCAGAACUGCCACCCCCACCGAUCCGACCCCACUUGGGAGUUCUCGGUUGUCCACAACGGUAUCAUAACCAACUACAAGGAACUGAAGGCCCUCCUGGAGAGCAAGGGUUUCCGCUUCGAGACCGAGACAGAUACCGAGUGCAUUGCCAAACUCGCCAAGUAUCUGUAUGAUCAGCACCCGGACAUUGAAUUCACCGUUUUGGCCAAGGCUGUUAUCAAGGAGCUGGAAGGUGCUUUCGGACUGCUGAUCAAGUCUGUUCACUACCCUCAUGAGAUGAAGGUCGACUUCGUGGACGUCGAGUUCUCGGAAGAAGGUGCCCUUCCUGCGGAGCAGGCCUCCCAGAAUGUUGCCAUCAAGAAGUCGUCCGCCAGCCUUUUGGCCCCGCCGGACAAGUCCCUGCUGCACCGCUCCCAGUCUCGAGCUUUCCUUUCCGACGAUGGAAUUCCCCAGCCUGCUGAGUUCUUCUUGUCUUCAGACCCCUCGGCCAUCGUCGAGCACACCAAGAAGGUGCUCUACCUCGAGGAUGAUGACAUUGCACACAUCCACGAAGGUCAACUCAACAUCCACCGCCUGACCAAAGAUGAUGGCACUUCCAACGUUCGUACUAUCCAGACCAUUGAGCUGGAGCUGCAGGAGAUCAUGAAGGGCAAGUUCGACCACUUCAUGCAGAAGGAGAUCUUUGAGCAGCCCGAAUCCAUUGUCAAUACCAUGCGUGGCCGUUUGGAUGCCGUCAACAAGAAGGUUACACUGGGUGGUCUUCGCCAGUACAUUACGACCAUCCGCCGCUGCCGCCGCAUCAUUUUCAUUGCUUGCGGUACCAGUUACCACUCCUGCAUGGCUGUUCGUGGUGUCUUCGAGGAAUUGACCGAGAUCCCUAUUGCGGUCGAGUUGGCAUCUGAUUUCUUGGACCGCCAGGCGCCCGUUUUCCGUGACGACACCUGUGUGUUCGUCUCUCAGUCGGGUGAGACAGCCGAUUCCCUGAUGGCUCUUCGCUACUGUUUGGAGCGCGGUGCUCUCACUGUGGGUGUGGUGAACGUUGUUGGAUCGUCCAUCUCUCUCCUGACCCACUGUGGUGUACACAUUAACGCUGGUCCCGAAAUUGGUGUGGCUUCCACCAAGGCCUACACCUCGCAGUUUGUGGCCAUGGUCAUGUUUGCUUUGUCUCUCAGCGAGGACCGAGCUUCGAAGCAGAAGAGACGCGAAGAGAUCAUGGAAGGUCUUGGCAAGGUCUCGGAACAAUUCCGAGAGAUCCUCAAGUUGAACGAUUCGAUCAAGGAUAUGUGUGCCAAGUUUUUCAAGGACCAGAAGAGCUUGCUGCUGCUGGGCCGCGGCGCUCAGUUCCCCACCGCUCUAGAGGGUGCUCUCAAGAUCAAGGAGAUCUCGUACCUUCACUGCGAGGCCGUCAUGUCUGGCGAACUCAAGCACGGUGUCUUGGCUCUGGUUGAUGAGAACCUGCCCAUCAUCAUGAUCCUCACCCGCGACAACUUGUUCACCAAGUCUCUCAACGCAUACCAGCAAGUUAUUGCUCGUGGUGGCCGUCCCAUUGUGAUCUGCAAUCCCGAAGACCCUGAGUUCUCAGCCGCCCAAACCGAGAAGAUCGCCGUUCCGAAGACUGUAGACUGCCUUCAGGGUCUGUUGAACGUGAUCCCGCUGCAGCUGAUCUCGUACUGGCUUGCGGUCGGCGAGGGCCUGAACGUGGACUUCCCGCGUAACCUGGCCAAGUCGGUGACGGUCGAAUAA